ACGAAUAGGAAUUUGGCAAGUAAUUGCCUUGGGUGACCGCCACAACUGCCCUCUUACCAUAUUUAUUCACACUUUCUCGGUUCCUGUUUUUAACAUAAAUCCAUAAAUUUCUUUCACCUUCGACGCUUCAAUUCAGUCCUCUAACUCUAAGUUAAGUUUGUGUGCUUUGAGAAUUUUUCAUGGCUUCAAAAAGGAUCAACAAGGAGUUGAAGGACCUGCAGAAGGACCCUCCUGCCUCAUGUAGCGCUGGCCCGGUGGCUGAUGACAUGUUCCACUGGCAAGCGACAAUUAUGGGUCCAUCAGAUAGCCCAUUUUCAGGGGGUGUUUUUCUUGUAUCCAUUCACUUCCCACCAGACUAUCCAUUCAAGCCACCCAAAGUUGCCUUUCGUACCAAGGUUUUCCACCCUAACAUCAACAGCAAUGGUAGCAUCUGUCUUGACAUUCUCAAAGAGCAAUGGAGCCCAGCCUUGACAAUAUCCAAGGUUCUUCUUUCUAUUUGCUCUCUGCUUACUGAUCCAAACCCAGAUGAUCCUCUUGUGCCUGAGAUUGCCCAUAUGUACAAGACUGACAGAGCCAAAUAUGAGAGUACAGCUCGAUCCUGGACUCAGAAAUAUGCCAUGGGUUAGAAGAUGAAUUCCUUGAUAAUAAGGUCAUAGUCAUUGCAGUCCUAUUAGUAAAUAAUAGAAAUAAGUUUGUCCAGAGAUUAAUUAUUUGUUUCUUUUUGUCGUACUUUGUUAUUGAAGUUUUAUGUUGGUUACUUUUAAAUUUCAGACAGGUCUUUUAAACUUAAUUGCAAUUUAGAGCAAAAACCAUCUGGUUUCUUUUGUGAGGCA